UACAAAACCCGAUCGCGAUCGACUCGAACGCCUCCCUCGGCUUCGUUGCCCCACGAAGCAAAAGGAGGAGCGAUCGCACUGCAUGUCGGAGCGAAAUUAGGGCGCGGAGAGGAAGGGGGAUCGGGGACGCGGAGGAGGAUGGAGGAGGAAUCGCCGCGCGGCGGCGGCGGCGGAGCUCCGAGAUCGGGGGCGGAGGGCCUCGGCGGCGGCGACCCCCAGGACCCGGAGGCGUCGGCGGCGGCGGCGGAGGGGAGGAAGGGGAAAUCAUGCAAGGGGUGCCUCUACUACUCCUCGCUCCGCAAAUCCCAAUCCCGGAACCCUAUGUGCUUCGGCAUCUCCAGGACCCUUCCACAAGUGCCAAGCUACAUAGUGGGAGAGUCUGAAAUAGAGGCAAUGAAAGAUGGACGUAACCUGUCGGACUUCAAGUAUGCAUGUGUUGGUUAUUCAGUGUUUCUGGAUAAGAAAGGAAAUCCGAGUGACAACCAAGAGAACCAAGCAGAGCUGCCAUUCUGUGUUGGAAUUGAGCUGUUGGUUGACAGAAGAGCCUCCACUUCUGCUCACGCUCCUGCUCACGUUCACAAGGAAGAUGCUGCUGCACAUUCUCAACCGCGAGGAUAUAAACCUUCACACUCUUCAGGAGAGGAGUUCUUAAACAGGUUUUCAAGGAAUGCUGGACUCGUGGCUUCGGGCGUGGCCAGGAACCUAAACAAAGUCGGCAACUACAUCAAAGAAAACAUAGAUGAUAUACUGUAUCCUUACCGCCGACGACCCAAGUAGAGCCAAGCUUAAAACAAAAACUAGCCUUGACAUCUUCACUUUAUCUAGAUAAACAAAUAAAUGAGAUGGGGGUUAUCAGGGAUUCAUAAUUGUUUGUUUCCUGCUGUAUCUGUUAUAAUUUUGUAACUUAAUUUUGAGAUCAAAGUUUUUCGCAAUAGUGAAAACUCUUCAGGGUUAUUUUUUUGU